GCUGUGCUGCUGUCCGUCUCAGCCCCUUUAAACAUUUUCCUGCUGCUUCUGUCCACUUGUGUAAAGAGGCAGUGCUGGUCAGUCAUCCCAGGCAGAAGGAAAGGAUAGCAUCUGUUGGCUGGUUUCUGCAGUGUUGUGGAGCCCCACAGGAGAGCAGAAUGCCUGCUGGGAGAGGAGGGGAUGGAGCUGCUGGGUCAGGAGGCUGUGGGAUGAUGGCAGCAGCCCCCGGCCGGGUUCUUCGGUCUUGGAUGCGGAUGGUGCUGGCGUGGAGCGUUCUGGUGCCUUUGGCAGGUCACGGAGGUGCAGAGGCAUGCCCCACUCCCUGCAGCUGCCUGGGCAACACGGUGGACUGCCAUGGCCUGGGGAUCCACGCUGUACCCAAAAACAUCCCCAGGGGAACUGAGAGGCUAGACCUGAAUGGAAACAAUCUGACGUUCAUCACCAAGUCAGACUUCUCUGGUCUCAAACACCUCCGAGUCCUUCAUCUGAUGGAAAACCAGAUCAGUAACAUUGAGAAAGGAGCUUUUGAUGAUCUUAAGGAGCUGGAACGACUUCGCCUAAACAAAAACCGUCUCAGCCAGCUUCCAGAGGUGCUCUUUCAGAAGAAUGAAGCCCUGUCUCGACUAGAUCUAAGUGAAAAUGCCAUCCAGGCCAUCCCGAGGAGAGCUUUCAGAGGUGCAACAGACCUUAAAAACCUUCAGCUGGAUAAAAACCAUAUCAGCUGUAUUGAGGAGGGGGCUUUCAGAGCUUUGCGAUCUCUGGAAGUACUCACACUGAACAACAACAACAUCAGCAGUAUUCCAGUCUCCAGUUUCAACCACAUGCCAAAGCUCCGCACCUUUCGUCUCCACUCUAACUCUCUGCGCUGUGACUGUCACCUGGCCUGGUUGUCUCCGUGGCUGCGGCAGCGGCCAGCUUUGGGCCUCUACACUCAGUGUAGCUCUCCUCCCGCUCUGAGGGGCCUCAACCUGGCUGAGCUGCGCAAAAGCGACUUUGCCUGCUCAGGUCACAGUGGCAGUGCUUUCGUUCAGCCAUGUAGUUUGGCAUCUGGCUCUUGUCCUCCAAUGUGUUCCUGCAGCAACAACAUUGUUGACUGCCGAGGGAGGGGCCUAACUGCAAUCCCUGCCCACCUGCCUGAGGGUAUGACUGAGAUUCGUCUGGAGCAGAACGGCAUCAAGUCAGUUCCUCCAGGCGCCUUCACGUCCUACAAGAAGCUCAGACGAAUAGACCUGAGCAACAACCAGAUAUCUGAGAUUGCUCCUGAUGCUUUCCACGGCCUCCGAGCUCUCAAUUCACUAGUUCUGUAUGGUAAUAAGAUCACUGAGCUGCCCAGUGGAGUGUUUGAUGGUCUGGCCUCUCUGGAGCUGCUGUUGCUGAACGCAAAUAAAAUCCACUGCAUCCGCGCCACAGUGUUCAAAGACCUCGAGAACUUGGCUCUUCUGUCGCUGUACGACAACAAGAUCCAGAGUUUGGCCAAAGGCACCUUCAGCUCACUGCACAGCAUCCAGACACUCCACUUGGCCCAGAACCCCUUUGUAUGUGACUGUAAUGUGAAGUGGCUGGCAGACUUCCUGCGCUCAAACCCCAUAGAGACCAGCGGAGCACGCUGUGCCAGUCCUCGCCGCCUUGCCAACAAACGCAUCGCACAGAUCAAGAGCAACAAGUUCAGAUGCUCCGCCAAGGAGCAGUACCACAUCCCGGGUACUGAAGACAGACGUCUGAACUACGAGUGUAACAGUAAACCAGUGUGUCCUGCUAAAUGUCGCUGUGAAGCCAACGUGGUCGACUGCUCCAACCUCCGCCUCACUAAGUUCCCGGAACACCUGCCGUCCUCCAUUGAAGAGCUGCGUCUCAACAACAAUGACCUCUCCGUGCUGGAGGCCACAGGAGCCUUCAAGGGCCUGUCGCAGCUGAAGAAAAUUAACCUGAGUAACAACAAGAUUUCAGAGAUUGAGGACGGCGCAUUUGAGGGCGCUUCCUCAGUGGUGGAGCUUCACCUGACAGCCAACCACCUGGAAUCUGUGAGGGGGAGCAUGUUCAGAGGCAUGGAGGGCCUGCGCAUGCUGAUGCUGAGGAACAAUAGGAUCAGCUGUAUCCAUAACGGUAGCUUCACGGGGCUGACCAACGUCAGGCUGCUCUCCCUUUAUGACAACCAGCUGAGCACCAUCCUUCCUGGAGCCUUCGACACCCUGCCCAACCUGUCCACACUAAACCUCCUGGCCAAUCCUUUUAAAUGUGACUGCCGCCUGUCCUGGUUUGGGGCGUGGCUUAGAAGUCGGCGAAUCGUGACAGGGAAUCCUCGCUGUCAGGGGCCCGCCUUCCUUCGAGAGAUCCCACUGCAAGAUGUAGCUGUACCUGAUUUCCGCUGUGAGGAUGGCGCUGUGCUGGAGGACAGCAGCUGUGCUCCAGGUCCUCAGUGUCCCAGCCACUGUACCUGCAUGGACACAGUGGUCCGCUGCAGCAACAAACACCUGCAGGCUCUGCCUAGAGGACUGCCACGCAAUGUCACUGAACUGUAUCUGGAUGGGAACCAGUUCACCAGCGUUCCUAAAGAGUUAGCCACAUUUAAAUACCUGCAGCUUGUAGAUCUGAGCAACAAUAAAAUCAGCUCCCUGUCCGAUGAUUCCUUCUCCAACAUGAGCCAGCUCACCACACUGAUCCUCAGUUACAACUCACUACGUUGUAUCCCUCCUCUGGCACUGGGUGGCUUGCACUCUCUUAGACUGCUCUCUCUCCAUGGCAACGACAUCUCAGAGCUGCAGCAGGGUAUCUUCAGUGAUGUGGUCUCCCUGUCUCACCUAGCAAUUGGAGCCAACCCGCUAUACUGUGACUGCCGUCUGCUGUGGCUGUCAGAGUGGGUGAAGAGUGGCUAUAAGGAGCCUGGUAUCGCCCGCUGUGCCGGCCCCCGCGGCAUGGAGGGCAAGCUGCUGCUCACCACGCCUGCCGACAAAUUCCAGUGUCUGGGUCCAGUGGAGGCGUCUGUUCAGGCCAAAUGCAGUCCAUGUGUGUCCUCCCCCUGCCAGAACCAGGGCGUCUGCAAAGUCCACCACACACAACAGUACACCUGUAUCUGCAAGUCUGGCUUCACGGGUAAACAUUGCGAGACUCCAGUGGAUGCCUGCAUCAGUAACCCCUGCACUAAUGGAGGAACCUGCCUGACAGAUGAGCAGACCCGAGGAUUCAGCUGUGCAUGUGCUUUUGGUUUCCAUGGCACUUUUUGCGAAGUGAACGUGGACGACUGUGAGGACCACGGUUGUGAGAACGGCGCCACCUGUGUGGAUGGAGCUGGCAACUACACCUGCUUGUGUCCUCCAAACUACAUAGGUCUGCUGUGUGAAGAAGAGGAAGGUGUUUGCUCUCCAGGUAGAAACCCCUGUCAGCAUCAAUCCACCUGCGUCAGCACUCCUACUGGCCCCAGGUGUGUCUGUAUCCCAGGUUGGGUGGGGCCAGACUGUGGUAUAAAUUAUAACGAGUGCGUGGAUCAUCGGUGUCAGAAUGGAGCCCAAUGCGUCGACCAUCUGGACAGCUACAGUUGUGUUUGUCCACAGGGAUACAGUGGUGAGUUUUGUGAGGUGGCCCUUCCUGCCCCGCUGCCUUGCCAGCUUGCUCAGUGUCAGAACGGUGCCCUCUGUGAGGAAAGGCUCGGGACUGCGAAGUGUCAGUGUCUCCCGGGCUUUGAGGGUCAGAGCUGUGAGAAGCUUGUCAGUGUCAACUUUGUUGACAGAGAUUCUUAUGUUCAGCUUCAAGAUGUCAAAAACUGGCCUCAGACCAACAUCACACUACAGGUGUCAACAGCAGAGGAAAAUGGUAUCUUGCUCUAUAACGGGGACAAUGAGCCAAUCGCUGUGGAGCUCCAUCAGGGUCAUGUCAGGGUCACGUACGACCCUGGAAACCAGCCUGCCACUGCUAUCUACAGUGCAGAGACUGUCAACGAUGGGCACUUCCACACAGUAGAGCUGGUGACCUUUAAUCGGAUGGUGAACCUGUCAGUGGACGGAGGAGAGCCAACAACACUGGACAGUCAGGGAAGAAGUCAGCCAGCAACAGGGGAGGCCCCUCUGUAUGUGGGAGGUAUGCCUGAGGAAGUGAUGCCGGCCUCUCUGGGUCUCUCCUCUCAGACCCUCAACACAUCAAGUUUCCACGGCUGCAUCAGGAACCUUUACAUCAACCACGAGCUGCAGGACUUCACCCGCAGCCACAUGAAGCCGGGGGUGGUGCCGGGCUGUCAAGCCUGCCGCAAACUCUACUGCCUGCAUGGCAUCUGCCAACCCAACGGUGCACAGGGUCCUCAGUGCCACUGCCAGCAAGGUUGGACAGGACAACACUGUGACCAGCCAAUAACAGGAGGCCUUACUAGAGUAGAUGUUGUCACUCUAGCAGCUGGUGCUAACCCAUGUGAAAGCAGCAAGUGUAUGAAGGGUGUGUGCGUGGUGCUGGACCCACAAACGUACCGCUGCGACUGUGAGGAAGGAUAUCACGGUGCGCUGUGUAACCUCCAAAAGCAGCCAGCAGGCUCGUGCCGGGGUCUACAGUGUUUGCACGGCCACUGUCAGAAGACAAAGGAUGGAGAAAGUUGCGUCUGUGAUCAGGGGUACACCGGCGAGAGCUGUGAUAUCGAGUCCCCGUGUCGAGGCGAGCCAGUUAGGGAUUACCACCGGCUGCAGCGCGGCACAGUCCUCUGCCAGACGUCAAAACCUUUUUCCUGGGUUGAGUGUCAAGGUCGCUGCCAAGCAACAACCAAGCCGGGCGUCACCGCUGCCUCCUGCUGUGCUCCUCUGAGGGUCCGACGCCGGCGGCUCGCCUUCGAAUGCGACGAUGGCACCUCGUUUACGCAGGACGUGGAGAAGCCUGUGGAAUGUGGCUGCAAGGAGUGUGUGUAGUACUGAUGGUGCACACACACACACACACACACACAUCCAGACACAUAGUUUCAAACACGGCACGCACACCAAGCUAAAGAGGUACACACACUGUAGGAUUUGUCUCACUGAUAAACAGACAUUUUUGGUGUUUUGUGCUCAGACGCAGUUUUGUAAUAUAAGACAGUUCUUCCCUCUCGAGACAUGAAAUCAACGAGUCAACCUCAUCAUCAUCUUCCUCUUCUCCACCUGCUGUAGGAGAACCUGCUCUAACUACCUACUGUAACUCCAGCUCAUUAGUAAUGCUUGUGUCAUGAGAAGUACGCCUUCUCUUUGUUCCCGCACCACAGCAAACAGGGACUUGUUGGAGGAAGUAACGGCACUAAUUAUUCUGGGACUCAUUUACAAUAAAGAAUCUUUUACAUUCAAAGCUGAGCAUUUGAGAAUUACUCAGUUUUUUUUUUUUUUUUCAGCAGCGCUAAACAUCCUCCAAGUCAGAUUUAUUCAGCCUGCCUUCAGCCACAUUUUCUGAAAUGAGGAUAAACUCACAUAAAAAGAUGCUCAGUCGCGUCUGCUGUACAGCUCAGUCUUCUGUCAUAUCAGCACUGCUUUCAUAGCAGUUUUAAUUUAGGAAAACUGAAUUUUUCAUGGUCAGUCAUUUAAUAUUUCAACAAGGGCUGUGUAAUGGUCUUAAAGGUGCAAUCCAAAUUUAUAAAACCAUCAAACUGUUAAACCAGAUUGGACUCUUCAGUGAUUUGAAGAACAGAGAAUAAUUGAUUGACAGGAUCGCUGCACACACUCAGCAAAAGCUUUCCUUUAAAACUUUUCAUGUUUUCUCAUGGUUUUAAAUACUUCUUUAUACUAGUGUUAAUAAAACAGACUUUUAUUUGUACUUUGGGUAUGUAGCUCACCCAAGUGCUUCUCUUUCUCUUGUAAUAAACUCUAUAAAUGUGUUUGGUCUUCAAAUGUAUCUUGUCAAAAAUAUUUUGGGGGCUGCGUGGCAGUGUCUUCUUAUUAUCUCGUUAUGCUUUAUGGACACUGCACAGUAUUUAUAUUAAUUUCACAGAAUUACAAUAAUACUGCAUUUGUGUUAUAUCAGAUUAAUCAUUUUUAAAUAUAUGUUCACACCCCCCCCCAGGAGUCAUAACAAGUCAUAAAUAUUUCUGUUGAUGAGCAUAUCCCGUUGGUAGCAAAGGUGGCAAAGAUGGCAGGAAGCUCACAGAUGACUGUGGUUUACAGCGGUAUAAAUAAAAUAAUCAGAAGUAUUCGUGCUAAUGAUCAGAACCACGUCACAUCCUAAAAACACACACUGAUGUGGAGACUUCCUCUCUGAUGAUACCAACACCGUCUGAAGGCUGAAGAUGACAGAGACGUCACACAGGUGUGUGAUGCGCUCUCUUUGCUGCUGACCAGACUCACUUUCUCACAGUUUAGACUGGCAGGAGUGUGUGUGUGUGUGUGUGUGUGUGUGUCUGUGUGUUCUUGUUCUUCUCUAUUUGUGAGGAUUACUUCAAAGUCUCAGAGCUUUGGUACCAUAUUGUGUCUGUGACCAACACGUGAAUGAAUACCUUGUCAUUUAGUACAUUAAUUACUUUUUUAAAUCCAUAUUUACAUUUUUGCUUUAUUUGACCAAACUCCCUGAAACUCUUUUUAUUCUAUUAAUUUAUAUAAUACAUGAAAAUUUUUGGGCAUUUUUAGCUUGUUUACAUCAUGUGAUCCACUCAUGGAUCACAUGAUGCAGCACUGCACCUACUACUAUAGCAAUAAUGUUUAUUAGCUGAUGUCCUGCUUCUUUAGCUGAGCAAUUAUCAUUUGCCUGAAAUUGGUAACAAUAGUAACACUUUCAUAAUUUACCACAGCAAGAAAGGUAUCAAAUCCUCAAACAAAUGUUUGAUAUUUGCUGAAUCAUUUUCCUGCUCCAGCUCCACUUUAUUAAUUCCUAAUCCCUGAUUUUGGAUAAAUGGGCUGAAACUUUGGGAAUUAGACAUUUUUGAGAAAUUGGGCCUCUUGCCAAUUUAAGUGUUCAUCUAAACAAAAAGUAUUGACAUUUUUGAAAUGAUACCCAGCCCGCUGCAACAGCCUGGUAAAUAUCAUUCGAAGUAAUUUAAUGUGUUACCACUUUUUUUUUUGCUUUUUGUGCAUGACUGCAAACCAUAAUUGACAACCCGACCCUGAGCCUGACAUUUGCUCACAUCAUUCAAUGAAGCAAAAGCACAACUGAAAAGUUGAAUUUACAUACUCGAUGUGUGAAAUGCAUCUGAAUUGCAGUUUUAAUGCAAUCCUAUGAUAUUAAGUUUAAGGGCUUACAGAAGGAGGAUCCGCACAAGUGUGGAAGUACAAAAACCCAUUGUGUGUGUGUGUGUGUGUGUGUGUCACUGUAAGAUGCUUCCAACAACAGGACGUCAUCCCGUCGAAAUGAGCUUCAUUAUCCAGCGAUGCAGCGUGUGUGUUCAGAUCAAACGCUCCCUCUCCAAUUUGUCGGUGAAUGCACCGCAUAUAUAAAAGUGUAGCUUUUAUAUAUGAUGUCAUGUUAUUUAUAUGGAUGUGAAACUAAAAAUAAAAGAUGUUUAAUAUUAGUUUUAACAUUGAAGGCCCGGGUGUGUCAUGAAUCUGAAUUAAACUAAUGUAGCUUUUAUUGUUCUAAUUGUUAUAACUGCAGUACAUCUACACACAGUAACAACCUAACAGAUUGUAAUAUAUAUUAUAAUAAGCUUAUUUGGUUUUGUCAUAGUAUUUUUAUAUGUUGGAGAGGAUGUUGUCUCUGUAUAAUCUGUAGUCUGUAGGAAAAUCUUUGUUUUAAGCUGUCAAAAAAAAAAAAAAAAGUGUUUCCAAAACCAGCUUCACAUCAUUCAUGGGAAUUUUACACAAACAAAAAAAAAAAAAAAUCUGUUGUCAUGGUUUGUGUUGUCUCGCCUAA